CUUGUUCUUUUCUUUUCAUUUCGUUUGUCAUCAACUGAACGGCGGAAUAAGCAAAAGUGUUCAAAUUAGUGAAAAAAGUUGAAAUUAUUGUUGAAAUCAAGUGAAUCCAACUAUAAUGAGUGAAACUAUAAACACCAGUCAACAGUUUCCGCACUUCGAGAAGCCAAUAGUGCAGUUCAACGAAAAUGGUUGGGGACCAUGUGAAUUGCCGGAGACUUUUCGUGAUAUGCCGUAUCAGCCGUUCAGUAAGAGCGAUCGCUUAGGCAAGAUUUGUGAUUGGACCAGCAGUUCCAAUAACGACAAGAAAUAUCAGAAUAAGUAUGCAUCAUCCUUUGGCACUGGUAGCCAAUAUGCAUAUUACCACGAGGAGGAUGAAACUACCUUUCAUUUGGUUGAUACGGCGCGUGUGCAGAAGCCACCCCAUCAACGUGGGCGUUUCCGUUCGAACUUACGUAAUAACAGGUCGGCCCGCGGUCGCAAUCAACGUGGUGGUAUGAACUCGGGUAUGACCACGUUGGGUGGCAAAAAUGUCAAGGCCCGUGAACCACGUCGCGGCAUGGGAAAGAAGUUCGGAUCGCGUGGAGUACCACCUAAGAUCCGUGAAUCGUCGGUAGCUGUACGCUCAGAUUGGACUUCGAUUGAGGAAAUGGACUUCCCGCGUCUAACGAAACUGUCUCUACCUAAUAUCAAAGAGGGGGAGGAUAUAAUCACUUGUGGUACCUUGGAGUAUUACGACAAGAUAUAUGAUCGCAUCAAUGUGAAAAAUGAGAAGCCCUUACAGAAAAUUGAUCGCAUUGUUCAUACCGUUACAACCACUGAUGACCCCGUCAUCCGUCGUUUGUCCAAAACUGUGGGCAAUGUGUUUGCCACUGACGCCAUUUUGGCCACCAUCAUGUGUUCAACGCGUUCAAAUUACUCUUGGGACAUUGUCAUUGAGAAAUUUGGUGAUAAAAUCUUCAUGGACAAACGUGACAAUACUGAAUUCGAUUUGUUGACGGUCAAUGAAACAUCUGUGGAGCCACCAACUGAUGAUGAUAGCUCUCCUAAUUCACCACGUAAUUUGGCAAUUGAAGCAACAUUCAUAAAUCACAACUUUAGCCAGCAAGUUUUGAAAACUGGAGACAAGGAAGCCAAGUAUAAAUUCCAAGAACCAAAUCCAUUUAUAACUGAGGACGAAGAUGUUGAAGUGGCAAGCGUUGGAUAUCGCUACAAGAAAUGGAACUUGGGAAGUGGUAUUGUUCUAGUUGCCCGCUGUGAACAUGAUGGUGUGCUGCAAUCACCAAAUGGCGACCCACAAUUCCUAUCGAUUAAGGCCUUAAACGAAUGGGAUUCUAAAUUAGCGAAUGGUGUUGAAUGGCGACAGAAAUUAGAUACACAACGUGGUGCAGUGUUGGCGAAUGAGUUGCGUAAUAAUGCCUGCAAACUAGCCAAAUGGACCGUACAAGCUGUGCUUGCCGGUUCCGACCAACUGAAGCUAGGUUAUGUUUCACGUAGCAACCCACGCGACCCUUCACGGCAUGUCAUACUCGGAACGCAACAGUUCAAACCACACGAAUUCGCAACUCAAAUAAAUUUGAGCAUGGACAAUGCUUGGGGUGUGCUGCGUUGCAUUAUUGAUAUCGUAAUGAAACAGAAGGAUGGCAAAUACCUGAUCAUGAAGGAUCCCAACAAGCCAAUGAUCCGUUUGUACGAUAUUCCAGACAAUACGUUCGAUAGUGAUGCUUCCGAUAAUGGUGAGGGAGAUGAUGGCGAAGCUUUUCAACCAGUUUAUACAUACGGCAACAAUAAAAGAAUUUAAAUUAAAGGCACAACAAAAGUAAAUUAAGUGUAUACGUAUUUAGUGAAUGUGUGCGCCUCGUUUGUUUGAUUUUUUGUUAAGAGAAAAGCCGUCAUCUAAAGUGCAGCAUACGCAUUUUUUUAUACUUAUAUAAAAUAUUCAAAUUGGCUUGUUAACCACAGUUAUUUAUAACGGUUAAACACAAAUCAUAUAUACACACUUAUAUUAUAAUCGGUAACUCAAUUAGCGCAGAUUCAACAUACAACAGCAAAAGUAUACUAAACAGUUAUAUUGAUAUCUCCACAAAAUAUAAUAAAUAACCGCCUAUCUUUAUUACUAUUA